AAGCCGGCCCCAGGCCGCCUCGCCGCCGCCCGGCCUCGCUGCGCGCCACCAUGGACAGUCCCGUUUUCCCCUGGUAAAGAUGGCGGUGCGUGAUCGCUGCAACCUUUAGACUAAUGACUGUCCGAAACAUCGCCUCCAUCUGUAAUAUGGGCACCAAUGCCUCUGCUCUGGAAAAAGACAUUGGUCCAGAGCAGUUUCCGAUCAAUGAGCACUACUUCGGAUUGGUCAAUUUCGGAAACACGUGCUACUGUAACUCCGUGCUUCAGGCAUUGUACUUCUGUCGGCCGUUCCGGGAGAAUGUGUUGGCAUACAAGGCCCAGCAAAAAAAGAAGGAAAACCUGCUGACGUGCCUGGCAGACCUUUUCCACAGCAUUGCCACGCAGAAGAAGAAGGUUGGCGUCAUCCCACCAAAGAAGUUCAUUUCGAGGCUGAGGAAAGAGAACGAUCUCUUUGACAACUACAUGCAGCAGGAUGCUCACGAGUUUUUAAAUUAUUUGCUAAACACUAUUGCGGACAUCCUGCAGGAGGAGAAGAAACAGGAGAAACAAAACGGGAAGUUAAAAAAUGGCAACAUGAACGAACCUGCAGAGAGUAACAAGCCAGAGCUCACCUGGGUCCACGAGAUUUUUCAGGGAACCCUCACCAACGAAACCCGAUGCUUGAACUGUGAAACCGUGAGUAGCAAAGAUGAGGAUUUUCUUGACCUCUCUGUUGACGUGGAGCAGAACACCUCCAUCACCCACUGCUUGAGAGACUUCAGCAACACAGAAACGCUGUGUAGCGAACAAAAAUAUUAUUGUGAGACAUGUUGCAGCAAACAGGAGGCUCAGAAGAGGAUGAGGGUAAAAAAGCUGCCCAUGAUUUUGGCCCUGCACCUGAAGAGGUUCAAGUACAUGGAACAGCUGCACAGGUACACCAAGCUGUCUUACCGGGUGGUCUUCCCUCUGGAGCUCCGGCUCUUCAACACCUCCAGCGAUGCUGUGAACCUGGACCGCAUGUAUGACCUGGUCGCUGUCGUUGUUCACUGUGGAAGUGGUCCAAACCGUGGACAUUACAUCACCAUUGUGAAGAGCCAUGGCUUCUGGCUGUUGUUCGACGACGACAUUGUAGAGAAAAUAGAUGCUCAAGCUAUUGAAGAAUUCUAUGGUCUGACGUCAGAUAUAUCAAAAAAUUCAGAAUCUGGAUAUAUUUUAUUCUAUCAAUCGAGAGAAUAAGCUAGAGGAGCGUGGGACUAAUUCCUGCGGGGAAACACUCAAAGCACUAUAGCCUCGUUUCUCUGCGGACCUUCCUCUCCCCUGCCCCGCGGCCCACUAGCGUUAUCACUGAUGCCCACUGGUCUGGCAGUGUUAACCUUCCUUCCUUUGUGUUUUUACAUGCAGCACUACUCCCGGGUUUGUUCUGGUCUGAGGCAGAGUGAACUGUAGUCAGUUUCCAGUCAGGUGUAGAUGAAUAACCGUUGCUGAUUCGAAGACUGAGAUGAAUGAGUGUUAUGCCGCUUGUCAUGUCUGACUAAGCUAGAGUGACAUCGUCUAUAAAUGUCACAGCCCAUUUGGAGUGUUUGUUUGGCUUCCCGAAUGGUUUCCGGGGGUCUUCUUCCCAUGCAUUCCUUUGACAGAUCCCUGGAAACAUUGCUACCCCUUGUUAUCUUGCCUGCCUCCUCUAAUGGCAGGGGAUAGAUGUGCACCCGUUAAGGCUGCAACCAUAGCUUUAAAUUUGUGCAAAUGAAAAUGUUUAAACGUGAGUGACAUCGAUGCCAGGAUCAUCCUCUGCCUUGGAACAGGGUGAAGCAAGGCUGUCGGCCGGCGUUUGCACCCAACUGUGCUUACCUAGCUGGUAGAUCCCAGGGGCUACGACUACGAAGCUCAGGGCAGACAAAGCCAAGAGGAAGAUGUUUUUGCGGAUAGUGAGAAGUUACUUAUCUCUCUACCAAAAGCCAAGUUUCUGGGAAGCAGUGCACUGCUGUCCCUUUUCAGUGACCGUUUCCUCCCGUCAGGUCCUGUGGUUGUGCUUUUCUCGGAUCUGGCACUGUUAAGUUUUUUCAAGCAGUCUUUCCAGUCCUGCUGAUGGGUUGCCAUCAACGGUAUCAAGGUUGAGGUACCAGUUGGCUGCCUCUGGCACAUCUCUCUCGUUAGCCAGUUAAUGCCAACGUUCUUCCUAGAUGAGGAAGAUGAAUCAGAAACCCUGUUCACCUUGACAACCAUCAGCAGAUUGUACAGCUUCACUUUUUUUUUAUUUAAAAAACAAAAACAAAAAACCAUAUUCAGUCUGUUUACGGGGGCACUGGUGAGUUCCGGGGCUAAAACAAAACUCUCCCUGGAAGGGAGUGCUGGAGUUAGUGGAUUGUGAAAUGGGUCACAGGAAGUGUUAGGGGGUGGGUGGAGGGAUGAACAAGGUGGCAGCUGGUUCUCUGGCUCAGAUUCCUAGAGUGCUUGACAAGACAGUUUCCUGGGACACCCUCGUGCCACUAUUUUUCCCUUUUGUUAUGUGUGUAUUUAUUAGAGCAUUUGAAUAUUGGUACCUUUUAUCAAAAGGGUUGAGUUGGUGUUUUACUGUUGAGUUCAUCUUAGUUUUCCUACAAUGAGUCAUAGAUCUUGGCCUCCUUUGGGACGUCGGCUGACUUCCAUACACUAGAAUAUACUGUGAACCUGUUACGUUGUGACCUAAUGCAUCGGCGGAUGAACAUGCAAACUCUCGGCGUAAUGUGAACCAAAACUGCAGUUGAAGAGGCCAGUGGCCAUUGAGGAUAGCACUUUAUCUAGGUGAAAACUGGACUUCUUAUGUGUGAAAUAUCUUGAACUGUUUAGGACUCAGAACUUAAGCAUGCCGAUCUUUUGUUUGAUCAUGCUUGAAGGGAGGUGUUUCAGCCUUCCCUGGAGAAGGCGGAACAGGGUCGUUUCAUAUUGUUGUUCUUUCGCAAGUGGUGAAAAUGGGCCUUGCUUUGGUUAGAGGCAAAUGCAUAUUUAUAAAUACUUUGUCUCCCCCCCCACCCCAUGAAGCAUAUUUAUUAAUCACUUACCUUAGAGGUGGAUUUUUAUUGUUGAAGAGAGGACUCUCUAGAUAGAAGUGAUUGGUGGAGGGGAAUGUUGGUCCCACAUCCAGCCCAUAUAUUUGACUGUGGCUUACACAGGUUAAGAAAAUGAUUAUUGGUUUCUAAUACAUUUGGAACUGGUCAUAGGACAAAAGCUAUUAAAAUUAUCUUUGAAACAACUCUUGAAGCUAAUUUAUUAAACAAAAAUGUUUCAAUUGGAAGCCCAAAUGCUAUUAUAAGGUUCAGCACAUUUUUUCCUUUCUUUCUUUCUUUCUUUCUUUCUUUCUUUCUUUCUUUCUUUCUUUCUUUCCCUUCCUUCCUUCCUUCCUUCCUUCCUUCCUUCCUUCUUUCCUUCUUUCCUUCUUUCUUUUUUUGGUGAACACAUAUAGCUUUCCCCAGUAAUGUAACCAAAGUCAUUGCUUUUAAAAAAGAAAGAGUAGGUUAAAAUUCAGUAUUAAUUAAGAGGUUCUUGGAAUAGAAAGAGAUACGCAUGGAGACUAUUACACUAACCUUCAGCUGGUUGCGGUACAGGGCUAAAAGAUUGGAGAAGGACCAAAUACAAAUCUCCAUCAACAUGCCAUCGGUUUUUAAAACGUAGGACUAUCUGGUAAUUAUUUACCUCUUUCUCAAUAAAGAAAACAAACUCAAGGCAGCUCUGUUCCACCCCCCCCCCCCCAUCAUUUUUCUUUUCAUCGAAAAAUCAUGUUCUAACUUGCCGUCCCUGGUUCUCAGCAUAAAGCAGGGAAUGACAGUGGCGGCAGAGCACGUGAGACCACUCCAAGGUCACAGCGAUAGCACAAGGACCCAGCAACAAGGACCCCUAGGUGGGGGUUUGUGUGUUCUUUCUCCAGCAGGAGAAGUAAGCCUGCUGUGUUUCUCUUAAUUUCUGUAAUUGCUGGGUAUUUAAAAAGAAAUUACAGUAUGUUUAAAGAGACUUAAAAACUUUUUUAAAAAAUGAAAUGUUUGGUUUUUUUUUGGUUACUUGCUAGUUUAACAUCUAGAUUCUGGUACAGUAUGCUAAAAUCUUCCGUUUCAAAGCAGACUUUAGUAAAAUGCUGACGCGUGUAGUGUGCUGUCCCAUUGAUGUGUUUUCUCCAUUCCAAGCCAUCAUCAGGUAGACUGGCUUGAAGAGAGCCAGGAAUAAUACAAUCAGGGUGUCAGUCUGAACAGGGAGCCACCCCCAUGUGGCUUACAGUCCUGGUUAUACUCUGGACUAACGGAAAACGACAGAAAUGGUCCCUGUGCGUUUGUUUUCAUGGGUACCCUUGAUCUCAUGGGCAUGUCUAACUCGAAAGUGUGUUCUAACUGGCGAUUAAGGCUUAUUUUAGAUACUGGAGAGUAGCUUUAUUAUGGAUGGAUUUUAUCUUUUAAACAUUUCAUUUUGAUCAAUUUUGUAUAUUCAUGUGUAUUAAAAAUAUUGUGCACUAAAUGUUUUCUCCUGGUUUGCUGUUACCUGGUCAAGGCAUUGGCCAGCACCGUUGUGAUUAGCUCAUGCAAAUGGCAUGGGCCAGAGAAAAUUAUUGCCUAUUUUUCUGCCUAAUUAAAUUUCUGUUUUCUAGUAUUACAUUAA